AAAGUAUCUAUACCUAGCUUUUUAGGAUCUGCUGUUGGCGAUGGUGUGACAAAUGUUCCUCACUAUAAUAUUCAUUUUGUUCUCCCAUCAGGACUUGCAGAUGGCGUAUACCAACAGAUAUCUGCGAUGUUUCCAACGAUUUUCCACCUGGUACCAAGUGUAUCGAUGUCCGUGCAAGAGACCUGAAGCUGCGGAUGUUUAAAG